GCCGAGAAAACCUAACCCAUGCGCCGUCUGAGGUCCUCGCUUCCCAUCUCCUCUUCUUAUCUCACUCACAAAAACCCCAAGGACUCCAAAACCCGAAGAUGAAUCGAGAGAAACUUAUGAAGAUGGCUGGUGCCGUUCGCACUGGUGGAAAGGGUAGCAUGAGGAGAAAGAAGAAGGCUGUCCACAAGACAACUACCACAGAUGACAAAAGACUUCAGAGUACUCUCAAGAGAAUAGGGGUGAAUGCUAUUCCAGCAAUUGAGGAGGUCAACAUUUUUAAAGAUGAUGUAGUUAUUCAGUUCAUGAAUCCCAAAGUUCAAGCUUCUAUUGCUGCCAACACUUGGGUUGUUAGUGGUUCUCCUCAAACAAAGAAGUUGCAGGACAUUCUACCUAGUAUUAUCAGCCACUUGGGGCCGGAUAACUUGGACAACUUGAAGAAACUAGCAGAGCAGUUUCAAAAGCAAGCCCCUAAUGCUGGUGCUGGUGGAGCCACUGCUCCCGAGGACGAUGAUGAUGAGGUCCCUGAGCUUGUUGCUGGGGAGACCUUUGAAGCUGCCGCGCAGGAGAAGGAUAGCAAGGAUAAGGAGGAGAGUCAAGCCUCUUAGGAGAAUCAAGUGUCUUGGAUUAUGUUAUUUAUAUACUUUCAAUGUGAAAGUUUUUUGAUUUUGCCUUUACAUUGUUAAGUCUGACCAUGUUUGAUUCAACCGUCCUUGUGCUACUCUGGAUAGUCAUCUUUUAUCCUUGGUUUUAAUCUAGUUUUACUAUUUCUGAAA